GUCCGAUCUGGCAUGUCUCGGGUGUCAUGAAAGGAAGUAGUAAUUAUAAAAGUACGUAUCCUGUCGUAAAUGCACAACACACCCGACGAUGACCUCAGUAGGCGAAGAAGCUAUCGACAGCACCGAUCCGAUUAGUUGCACCAGACUAAUCGAUGUUGCUUCCGUGACAGAGGGAGAAACGGUACUCUAUCUGGGAUGUGGCACUGGAUCUGGGGUUCUCUACAUCGCGAAGAGGGUAGGUGACAAGGGUCAAGUUAUAGGCAUCGACGAGCGCUUGGACGCCAUCGCCCAAGCUAGACGCACUGCUACCGCAAGGGAUCUAAGACCACCUCGAGUCGCAUUCGUACAUGUCUUACAGACGGAUGAGUUACCUGUCUUAUCGGACUCUGUGGACUGCGUCGUAUCGAUGUGGUCUCUCCGAUCUGAUUCUGAGGAACGGCAGGAGGAAGAGAAGUUAGGUAACGAGAUCUGGAGAGUGGUCAAGCCAGGAGGGCGUGUCGUUCUCAGUAUGAAAGAUAUCCCCGAGAGCCUGCGCUCGAAACUGGUCGUCGAUGCUGUGUAUAAUCAUGGUAGCCAACCGGAAGUGGCGAUGAAUGAUAACAAAAUAUUCUAUCGUCUGCACGCCGUGAAACCACCUCGCAAGGAGGAAGAUGGAUAUCUUCCCCUCGAAUCGGCCCUAAGAGACUGGUGGACCGCAUAUCCGGCACCGGUAUCCGAAGUUCAGCACUUGGAUUGCGGGGACGUGGCAAAUAUGAUGAGGAAUGGAAGUGAGAAGCAAGGCGACUAUGUCGUAAUCGAUGUCAGGAGGAAAGAUCAUGCGGGUGGGCACGUACGAGGAAGUGUGCAGUGUCCUGCUCAGACGUUCUACGACGAUCUUCCGAGUUUCUACGAGAGGUUUGGAGAGAAGAAACAGGUGGUGUUUUACUGUGGAAGCUCGCACGGAAGAGGCCCGAGAUGUGCAAGAUGGUACCAAGAUUAUUUGAAUGCCAAGGGCGAUACGAGGCCGGAGGCACUUGUGAUGAGAGGUGGGAUUAAGGAGUGGAAGGAGAGGUUUGGGGGGGACGAUGGCUUGACAGAUAGGGAUGCGGACUGACGAGGAUAGAUGAAGGAGGGGUGCGGCCGGGAUGUGCUUGUACAGAGACAUCGACAGGCUCAUUGGGACCGUCCCUUGCAUAUCGAAUCGUGGUAUUAUUGUGUACGCGAAAGCCAAAGCAAGUGGUGCUCGCUAAGUACUUUACCAUGUCGCUUUUGGAUUGCAACGGCAUGAUACAGAGAUUUGUGAAGUGGUUCAACGCCGGCAUCGC